CUCAGAUUUUGGGAUGUUUGUUAAUCCUGCAGUCAAAAUGGAGGAGUCCGUUUCUAUGGAGAUGGACAACCACGUGUCGGACAAGGAGGAGGGUUGCUAUGACAACACGGAGGCCGCCUUCAGCGACGACGAAGAGGAGGUCAACAACAAAGGAAAGAAGAGGGAGUUCCGGUUCCAUCCAAUCAAAGAGGCCGUGGUGGAGGAGCCCGCUGACAUCACACCCUGGCUCGACCAAUUGGACGACACCAUGAAGGAGAAAGUCCAGCAGCUGCAGAAAACAAGUGACACAGAGACUCAGUGUGAAGUGAUGCAGGAGGUGGUAGAUCUGAUCAUGGAGGAGGACUUUGACCCAGAGCAGAUGUCAGCUCUGGCUUCCUGUCUGGCUGAACUGUUUAAAGAUCACUUCAGAGGAGACGUACUGCCCGACGACAUCACCGAGGAGUCCCUGGAGGAGUCUGUGUCUAAGCCUGUCUGCCUGAUCUUCAGGAACCUGGUCACCAUGCAGGAGGAUAACAGCGGUUUCUCCGUCCUGCUCGACAUGCUGGCCGAGUUCUACCAGAAACAGCCCAAGAUAGGCUACCACCUGCUGUACUACCUGAAGGCUAGUAAAGCAGCCAAUGGGAAGAUGAUGCUGUACGAGUCGUUUGCUCAGGCGACGGCUCUCGGGGAUCUGCACACGUGUCUGAUGAUGGACAUGAAGGCCUGUCAGGAGGACGACGUCAGGCUGCUCUGUUACCUCACCCCCUCCAUCUACUCUGAGUUUCCAGAUGAGACGUUGAGAAGUGGCGAGCUGCUCAACAUGAUCGUCGCCGUCAUCGACUCCACACAGUUACAGGAGCUGAUGUGUCACGUUAUGAUGGGAAACCUGGUGAUGUUCAGGAAAGACUCAGUCCUCAACAUCCUCAUCCAGUCUCUGGACUGGGAGACCUUUGAGCAGUACAGCACCUGGCAGCUGUUUCUGGCUCACAGCGUUCCCCUGGAGACCAUCAUCCCCAUCCUGCAGCACCUCAAGUACAAAGAACAUCCGGAGGCAUUGUCCUGUCUGCUGCUGCAGCUCCGCAGAGAGAAGCCCAGUGAGGAGAUGGUGAAGAUGGUGCUGAGUCGUCCCUGUCACCAUGACGACCAGUUCACCACCAGCAUCCUGAGACACUGGGCGUCGAAACACGACGACACGCUGGGAGAGCACAUCAAGGCCCAGCUGAUCAAGAACAACAACCAGCCCCGCAAGAGACAGAGUCUACGCAGCUCCAGCAGUAAACUGGCUCAGCUGACUCUGGAACAGAUUUUGGAACAUCUGGACAACCUGAGGCUGAGCCUGAGCAACACCAAGAACAACUUCUUCACUCAGACUCCGAUCCUUCAGGCUCUGCAGCACGUUCAGGCCAGCUGUGAUGAGGCACACAAGAUGAGGUUCAGUGACCUGUUCGCCCUGGCCGAGGAGUACGAGGACUCUCAGGCCAAGCCGCCAAAGUCUCGCCGGAAGGCGCCGGUGUCCUCGCCACGCUCCCGGAAAGGAGCCGCGCCACCCACCAACGAGGAGGAGAGCGCCUCCAGCAGCGCCUCGGAGGAGGAAGACUCGAAGCCCAAAGCUCCGAAGAGGAAGAGGAAAGGCUCGUCCGCCGUCGGCUCUGACAGCGACUGAUCUGACCACGGAGACCGUCAGCCAAUCAGCCGCUCCGACCCCGCUCCGGCUCCGGAAGAGGCCCCGCCCCCUCCCAAUGACACGCACUGACCGCCGUGGGAGGGGCGGGGCUCUGAGACGCCGCGGACUGUUUUUUUAAAAUCCGUGCAGCGAACUGACUUUCACGGGACGAGACUCACGCUGUUUCCAUGGAGACGGGGCAAAAAAGGUCGCCAUGUGGCUCCCAUGUGGCUGUUUUUUCCCACAAUGCACUUUGAGGAGGAAACCACGAACUUUUGGGAACCGACAGACUGAUUUUAAUACGUGAUGAUGAUGAUGAUGAUGAUGGGGGGGGGGCGGCGCGCAUUCCUUUUAGCUCGGAAGUGGGAAUGACAUCACACCGACUACGGCUGCGUAUCGCCAUGGAUACCAUUACAUUUGGGAUUCAAUGUCAAUAUUUCAGCUGCAAAACCAGUUAGAGAGGCAGGCAGAGAGAGACGAACAGGCAGGCAGAGAGACAGAGACAGACAGACAGGCAGGCAGACAGACAGACAGGCAGGCAGAGAGACAGAGA